CGACUGUGGUUAAGGUAUAAAAACGAUCGUCUCGUAGAAGGAAUAGUAGGAAAAGUGGAUUCAGUCGCACUGGUGUUUACGAAAGAAUUUGAAGAAGAACAUUUUAAACAUAACGAGGAUGUCUUCAUGUCGGUCUGCCCUUCUGGUCCUGUGCUUCCUUGUCUAUUCAUCUCAAGCCUCACCUGUUUACAAAAAGCUCGUGGAUGUCGAGGAAUAUCGUCUCCAUAUUCAUGAAUCUGGAGAAGAUUUCAACGAGACGCUUAGAAUUGACGAGGAGGAACAAACGGAACUGUUUAAGGUUCCAGCCCACAGAAAUAUUGAAAAGUCUGAUAUAAUGUUUGACUUUAAAAUGAAUGCAACAAUGAUUCAUUUUCCACUCAAGGGCUUGUGCUUUCUUCUUCCACUGACACGCAGUCAGCCUACACCAAGAAAUCUUGCCACGAACUUGCAUCAGGUUUCCAGCGAAGAAGUCACGACACAUAAAGAAACCGUUAGAAUUGGUAAAGAAAUUACCGACCGUUCGAUCCUAAGUGACAGCACAGCAAGACUUUGCUCCAAAUCCCGGAUCUUCCGUGUAACAGAAAUACCGAGCGAAGUUGACGUCACAAAAAUGAAUCCACCUGCUAUACGACGAGCUCGCAGACAGAGUUAUGUCUAUGAACUGUGCGACGAUGGAUUGGACCUCCAGCAAGCGGCCGCUACUUGUCCUUUUCAAUUCAUACCAAAGUGCAAAGUAGAAUACUUGUCGUGUGCUUGGCUUGUAAAUUGUCAAGGACUGAUGGGUAUGGCAUUUAGAAAGCGUGUUUCAGCUGAUAAUUAUAUAGCAACCAGCCGAGCUAACGUUAGGACUAAUAUUCACAUUGGAGGCAGUAGAAAAGUCACAUGCCUACCCACUCACCUACAGUACUCAAUUGUUUGUUGUGGUUACUAUUGUGACACUUGA